CUCCGAAACAGAUCUAAAAUGGGGUUGAUCCCAACACUGAUCGUAUUGUUGUAUAUGUUUGAAUCGUGUUUUACCGACUGUUCUAACUCUGAACAUCCGAUCGCAGCGCUGGUGCUAGCCCGUGGUGGAUCAAAGGGUAUACCAUUGAAAAAUAUCGCCGAAAUACAACCGAAUCAAACACUGUUAGGACGUGCUCUGGGCACAAUCCACCAGUCGGGUGUGUUUGAUUCAAUUUGGGUGUCGACUGAUCAUGAACAGAUUGCUUACGAAGCUAAUCGCCUUGGUGCUGCAGUGUUUGCCCGGUCAGCAAUGCACGCACAGGACCACUCAACAUCAUUGGAUGCGGUGCGUGAGUUCCUAGAUGCACAUCCGGAUAUUCACAGUUUCGCGUUAAUUCAAUGCACCUCGCCGUUUCUGCGGGCUCACUAUCUGGUAACAGCAGCUCAUCUAUUUCAUUCGCGUGUGAACGCUGGAAUGGAAAACGCACCAGCGUGUACAUUUAGUGUAGUUAGAAGCUAUAAGCUGCGCUGGAAGGAAGAUGUCGAAACUGGCCAUUUAAAGGCGAUUAACUUCGAUCCUUUCGCCCGCCCACGACGCCAGGACUGGCCGGGUGAACUGGUGGAAACAGGUGUAACGAACCAGGCCUGAUCUUUUUGCAUACCGAUUGAAACUCUAAUAAUACCCAAAUACGGUAAUAGCCAAAUUGAUGUAGCCAGUAUUAAGUAUAUAUGAUUGCGCUAAGGAGGGAAAAGAGCCACCACCUAAACUCCACCGAAGAUACCGAAUAAAAUUUCCUGUUAUAUGAGGUUAUCAACUUUUAAGUACUACAGUUUGCUUCAUUAAUAGAGAUUUGUUGUAAAACGUAGCACACAUGAUUUGAAAAAAUAUAUGAUGCUUAAUUUAAAUUAUUACCUGCAGUACAAUGAGUGUGCUCCAUCACUCCAUCACUCAGUAUUCUAUCAACUUGCUGUGCAUUGGAUUAUAGAUGGCAAACACAAAACGUUACAGCAGGCAAACGUGUUUAUACCAAACUCGUCAUCGAUGAGGUGUUC